CCUCCCCCCCCCCGCACCCACCCCCAGGAGCCCGCCUCAGCCCUGCCCUCUCGGGCCCUGAGCCCCACCGCCCGCCAGGCGCGAUGAUGAUGUGGUCCAACUUCUUCCUGCAAGAGGAGAACCGCCGGCGGGGCGCCGCCGCCCGGCGGCGGGCUCGCGGGCAGCCCAACGCCCAGAUGACCCCGGAGCGCGAGGGCAAGAUCAAGCUGGCGCUGCUGCUGACUUCCGUGGGCGCCACGCUGGCCGUGCUGGCCGUCGGCACCGAGUUCUGGGUGGAGCUCAACACCUACCGGGACAACGGCAGCGCCGUCUGCGACGCGGCGCACUUGGGCCUCUGGAAGAUGUGCACCAAGCGACUGUGGCAGGCGGACGUGCCCGCGGGCAGAGACACCUGCGGGCCCGCGGAGCUGCCCGGAGAAGCAAAUUGCACUUACUUUAAAUUCUUCACCACGGGAGAGAAUGCACACAUCUUCCACAGAACCACAAAGAAAGAGGUGAAUCAGGCAGCUGCAGUGAUAGCAGUGCUAGGCUUGGCACUUAUGGCCCUGGGGUGCCUCUGUAUCAUCAUGGUGCUCAGCAAAGGUGCAGAGUUCCUGCUCCGGGUUGGAGCCGUCUGCUUUGGCCUCUCAGGCCUGCUGGUCCUCGUCAGCCUGGAGGUCUUCCGGCAUUCCGUGCGAGCCUUGAUGCAGAGGGUCAGCCCCGAGCCCCCCGCGGCCCCGGCCCUGACCUACGAGUACUCCUGGUCCCUGGGCUGUGGCGUGGGGGCCGGCCUGAUCCUGAUGCUGGGAGGUGGCUGCUUUCUGCUGCUCACCCUGCCUCCCGGACCCUGGAGUCCCCUCUGUCCCAAGUGGGGCCAGCGGGCCCCCUAGCGCCACCGCCCUGCAUUCUCUCAGCAGCUUCCCAACGCCACUCCGCCCUCCCCACCAUCCCCUUUGCAUCUUUCACUCCGUGCCCCAGAGAGACUGUGUUCUCUGGACUCUGGGGCCCACGCUGUUUGCACAAACCUGCCCCUCCCCCUCGUAAAUACCUUUUUCCUCUGUAAAUAUGUUUUUUUUUCCUCUCCAUGGCUGGAUUUGGGUUGCUUGGGGGUGGGGCGGGGAGAGGAUUUUUUUGCAAACGAGGGUCCCCAGGGAAGACUGCUGGGGACCUGAUGGGGUAACUAGCGGGUGGGGGUGGGGGUGGGUGGGCGAGGUCAGGGGGUCUUAGGAGGGAAUUGGACCUUCUCAUUGCCCAGAUUGGGAUGUAUUCAGCUGUGGGAGAGACUUCUUCUGGGAAGAGGGGGGAGGGGAGAAUCUCUGGGUCUGACCUGGCUGCGGUCUGAUUUGGGAUUAAAGGUUUGGAAAUUUAA